ACACAGGUGUCUUAGGUGUUGAUGGCAGACUAAUGAGUGGGAAAAUAGAAGGUCCAGAGGUACUGCAGCUUGGUGCUGUGAGUGUCCCCAGUGGGCUGAGUAAUGACUUGAUAUAUGCCUCCACUUCUUCAGCCUCGCACUCCACAUCAGUGCUUGCUUUCUUUGGUGGUGAUGUGCAGGACUACCCAGAGAAUAUGCUUGCUCACCGUGACAACAAGCACUAUGUUGAAUGGUCACUGACAAGUGUAGCAGCAUUACUUGCUACAAAGUUUCCAACACAUCAUAUUUUUGUUGUCAAACCUAACAGGAUGGAAAGGAAAACCUUCAGCUGCUUUGAUAACUUUGUGGAAAGCAAUAGUGUGGGUGCACCAACGCACCAGCCUGGCACUGCAGCUACAACUCAUCUUGCCUUCCUUAUAUCAGAAGGACUUAAGAAAGUACAAUUUAGAAAGGGCUACCACUUACCUGAGGAAACUGAUGAUGGUAUUUUACCACAUCCACAUUUGCAGAGUAAUGAAGAACAAGACUUGCAGCAGUGCACAAAAGAGACCUCAACAUGCUUUCAACAAAACUCUGAUGCUAACUCAUCUGAUGAAUCUAAUGUUGAAAUAAAUGACAUAACACUUAUUGGCUUCAGCAAAGGAUGUGUUGUAUUGAAUCAGUUAAUAACAGAAUUCCAUUCAAUGACUACUGUUAAGAAAUUAGAAGAUCAAGUUCACAAAAACUUUAUAAGCAAGAUUCAUAACAUGUAUUGGUUAGAUGGAGGUCAUGCAGGUGGUAGCAAGACAUGGAUUACGGCACCUGCCAUCUUAAAGUCUCUUGCUGCUUUAAAGCACAUAAAUAUCUUCAUACAUGUUACUCCUUAUCAGGUACGAGAUGAGCAAAGACCAUGGAUAAGAAAGGAAUGUAAAGCAUUUUAUGACAUCUUGCGUAGAGCAGGAGCCAAGGUCAACUACUCUCUCCAUUUUGAAGAUGAGCCAGCUUCUUUAAUAUUGCAUUUUAGAAUUCUCAACAAGUUUAUCUGAGACAUCCAGUAUUGUUCCCUCUACAGCAAUGUAAAUUAUGUUAUAUAAAAUUGUCGAGGGUUUCUUACAGGAUACUGGUCUCAAUUUUCAGUAAGAUAAUCAUGUUCAAGCACUUUUAAAUAAUAAUGUGUAUUUGGUAUACAUUAUACUGACAUAAGCAUUAUUUGCAUCUUAUAUUCUAAUUACAUUCAUGCGGAAGCACUAAGCCCAUAGGGGUCAUAUGAUGCCUGGAGAAUGGGAGGUAAUCAGGUUUGAUCUAACAAUGGUGACUGAUAAUUCCAAUCCCAUGGAGCAAGAGCCCUUCACCACCAUCAAGGCACCCCCUGAAGAAUGAAGGAAAGAUAGCAAUCAAUAGUAAGACAGUAUUGAUAAUAGCUCCAUGCAGCAAGUUUUAGACAGAGGGCUUGGGUAGUUUCCACAAGGGACAUGGUAUGGCAAUGCCAGUUGUUCAGGAAGAGAAAUUACAGGAAGGUGUAACAACUUACUAAAAGAGCAUUACAGAAUGUGACAGACUUUUUUUUUUUAUACAACACUGGCCACCUUCUACUGAGGUAGGGUGACCUUCACUCACUCCAUCACAGUCUUGCUAGACGUGUGCCAACAUUAUAGCUCAGAUCCCUCCUGCAAUAUCCCCACCCCUUCAGAAUGCAGGCACUGUAUUAACCACUUCAAGGACUCAAGUCCAGCUAACCAAUUUCCCUGAAUCCCUUCGUAAAUGUUACCUUGCUCACAUGUCAAGUUGCAAAAAUGGUCACUUAGCCUCCACUCCUGUCUAAAAAACACACACACACACACACUCUUGUUGGAUGUCCAGCAAAGAACAACUUUAAUUUCUCUUUCCUGGGGGGAAAUAGACAGGGGAAAACUGGCAGAUUAGCCAGGAAUGGGAUGAAAUGAUAAGAAAGUGAUCACUAUCUUGAUUAUUUACCAGCAUCCAGUCUAACUCCAGCACAACAAAAAUUUAAAUAUUUGAGAUCAGUAUAUAAUUGAGUCCCACUAUACACGUAUACGAUAAAAAGUACGUGUACUGUAUACAGGUAAUAAAGUUGCCAAUAGGACCCUUCACAAAAAAGAAUGGCAAUUGCAUUUAAAAUCCCCCGACCCAAAAGUAGGAUUGGUUCAGGUAAAGCUCCUCUCAAGGAAAGUGCCUUGAUGCUGGUAAGGGGAUCUUGAUCCAAGGAAUUUUGUCUUUCCAUAGAUCAAACCUGGUUGCCUCCCAUUUUUUCCAAGUGCUAUAUGACCCCCUACAGGUAGUGUUACUCCCACGAAUGUAAUAAUAAAAAGAGUCGGGCAAGGAUGAAUCUAGGUUUGCAUUGUGCGUAAUGGGAAGGAGACUGGUACCAAGAGCAAAUUUUUGUACCCUCCAAAUAAGCACAAGCUGUUGUACAAGCCACUGUUUGAAUUGACAGUCUGGUACAGGUUGGCCAUCACUAAUCUGGCAUCAUUGGGACCUAUAGUGUGCCGGAUUAAUGAGUUUGCCAGAUGACAGAGUGGUUAGGUUAGAAUACACUUAAUUAACCUAUCAAUAGAGAGACUGCUGAAAAUAAAUGGUAUAAAAUACCGACACAAUGGAAACAUAAACACACAUGCAGUUUAAUGUGAUCCUUUAUUGACCAAUAAAGGAUCACAUUAAACUGCAUAUGUGUUUGUUUCCAGAGACUCUGCUACAUCUUCCUCAUUUUCAUCACUGUUUUCUCCUCCACUGGCUUGCUGCUGUGGAUUUACAACCAUCUGCACAAUUUCUGUAUAUAAUGCUGAAUUUUGAGUCAGUAUAAUGAUGAAAUUUGAAAUUAUGCUAGCCAAAAUUAGUGCCAGAUUACUGAUGAAACCGGGUAACUGAUUACCGGAUUAGUGAUGGCCGCUCUGUACUGUAUAUGGAAUAGUCUUUAGAGUGUACUCAAAUUGUAAGAGGUAUCAAAACAAAGGCAGACAGGAAGGUCAAAAUGAUGAAUACAGUGGACCCCCGGUUAACGAUAUUUUUUCACUCCAGAAGUAUGUUCAGGUGCCAGUACUGACCGAAUUUGUUCCCAUAAGAAAUAUUGUGAAGUAGAUUAGUCCAUUUCAGACCCCCAAACAUACACGUACAAACGCACUUACAUAAAUACACUUACAUAAUUGGUCGCAUUCGGAGGUAAUCGUUAUGCGGGGGUCCACUGUAUUACUUUCUUGGAGGCAUACAGGAGGAAAAACUGGAAUAUAGCAUCCCUGUAUCCUUUUAUCUCCUGACUGUAAGUUUUGUGAUGCCAGUGAUGGGCUAUUGAUCCAAGGAAUUGGACCUGCCCUCUCCUUAGAUUGAACUUGAGUGCCUCCCAUUUCCCCAGGUGCUGUAUAGACUCCUGCAAGUUUAGCACUACCCAUGAAUGUAAUAAUAAUGUAUUUUCUAAUAUUUCAGUGUAAAAACUUAAAGGAGGUCCCAUAUUAUGAGAAAGGAGCUCUUUAUCUGAGGAAUCAGAUCUAUCCUCCUUACCCUUAUCAAAUUUGAUUAUCUCAACUCUCCCUCUCUCUAAUAGACCUCUUUAGUGGGGACAUUAUUUUUUUGUUUUUUUUCCCUUUUGUGAAAUCCAUCUAAACAGGAAAGUCACCACUGUCUGGUCUGUUCUAAUGUACUAGCUUCUGUUUGCAGUGGUAGUGAUGGGAAUUUGACCACCUUAGGGCAUGUCAGGUAACCCUUGGUGAAACUUCAGAAGGCUAUCAGGCACGAACUGAAGGUGUAGGACUCCUGGCAUUCUUGCUAGUUCACCACCCACUUCUAUUAUUAGACAACUGCACACUUAGUGCACUUGUCUAAACAAGUGGUUUUGUUAAACCUUGCUCAGUCAGUUCUAGAGGUACUGUCUUGGUGUUGUGCACCAGGUAUAGUGAAAGGUAGUUUCCAGGGAAUAGCAAGACUACCUGAUAGUCAUUAACCCUUUCAAUGUCGAAGCCCCUGAUCACAAACCUGCUCUGUGUCGAAAAAUAUUCGAAAAAAAAAACAAAAAAAAUUCUUGCCAAAAUUUUAAGAAUAUUUUUUGAGUGUUUUAAAAAUAUGCAAUCAGUACUUACCGAGAUAUAGAGGAGUGAAGUUGACAAAAAGUGAACCGCUUAUGGCAACAUCGACAACUUCCGCUCACUCGGUAAUAUUAUUUUUACUUUUAUUUUUUAAUAUUUUAUUUUUCAAGUAACUUUUGUGGCUGGUGAGACCAAUAUGUAUAAUGUGUAAUUUAUAUAUAUCCACUUGUUGUAUGCAACACAAUAACCACACAAACAUUAUCAUUAUAUUGUUUACAAAACCUGUUUACACAAACCAACAAUAAAAAAAAAGCUGUUCA